GCCAGGCCAGACACAGACGGCGAGGACAGCAUCCCUGACCAGGCCACUUUUCCUGCCGUUAACACCAUGAAGCUGCUUGCAUUGACUGUGCUGCUCCUGACCAUCUGUGGCCUUGAAGGGGCUCUGGUUCGGAGACAGGCCGAGGAGCCGAAUCUGCAGAGCCUGGUCUCUCAGUACUUCCAGACUGUGGCCGACUAUGGCAAGGACCUCAUGGAGAAGGCCAAGGGCUCAGAGCUUCAAACCCAAGCCAAGGCCUACUUUGAGAAGACGCAGGAGGAACUGACGCCCCUGUUCAAGAAGGCUGGGACUGACCUGCUUAACUUCUUGAGCAGUUUUAUAGACCCCAAAAAGCAGCCUGCCGCCCGCUGAGGUGUGCAGACCCGGGCCUCCCACCCCUCGUUCGUCCCUGGAACACCCACUGGCCAGGCCUGAGACUCCUCUCCCUACCCACUCCUUGUUUUCUACAAUAAACUUUGCAGGAAUUAA